AUGAGUUCGGAGACCAGCGCCGCGUCGAUCAGCAGCACAGGGCUCGCGUGCUUGUUCGACGCGCACUCGCUCCGAUGGCGGCUCGUGAAACUGCGACACGGAGGGCCAGGGCCAGGCAGCAACGGUGACUGGGACGCCUGGUGCACGCGGCAGCGCAGCAGCUGCCACCGCCGCUUGGAAGAACCGUGCUGCCCGCCGCGGGGAAAUCUUUGGACCACGGACGACCCGCCGCGCCUUGCCACGGACGACCCGCCGCGCCUUGCCACGGGCGACCCGCCGCGCCUUGACACGCACGACCCGCCGCGGCAUGGCGCAGCGCGAUUCCUAAGCGACGACCUGAUGGGCAUGGAGCAGCUGAGUCGCGUGGUGGGGGGCGCUUUUCACCCCUGCUGCUCGCCCUGCUCGGCCCACGCACACCCCGAUUUCAUUGACACCGACUUUGAUCCCGACCUGGACCCUCACUCUGAACGAGUGGCGCCCCUCUUCUCUCAUCUCGCCCACCUCUCCCUCCCUCUCUCUGACCUCCCGCCUUACCUCCUUCCCCACCUCUCCUCCCUCCGUUCCCUCCGCCUCUCCCUCUCUGCUCCCCACCACCCCCUCCUCCUCUCCGUUCGCCCCUUCCACUCCCUCUCCCUCCUCUCCCUCCUCCACCUCACGCUUGGCACUCCCGCCUCUGGGCUUUCCGAACCUCUCUCCUCGGACCUGUUUGGUGGGCUCGGACCGAGCCUGCGAUCCUUGACCUUCCUAUGCUUAUCCUCCCUCCCGAGCCUAACCUCUCUCUCCCUCCUCGCUCACCGCACCUUCCCUCCCUGCCUCUCCUCCCUCUCCUCCCUCACUCUCCUGUCAAUCCCCCUCGCCUCCCCUCUCCUCUCCCCCGCGUCUCUUGCCCUCUUCUCCCACUGGCCCCGUUUAUCUCAUCUGCACGUGAAUGCUGGCGUGAUCCCAUUGGCGGUGUGGGGGCGGCUGUGCCCUCAGCUGCUGUCGCUCAAGAUCCAAGGCUCGCCCCACAUGGCUGUGCAGGGGUGGGGGGAGGAGCUGGGGGAGGCAAGUGGGGAGGGGGGGGAUGUGGGCCAGGGGUCAGAGCACAUAGCACCACAGCAUGCAGAGCCGCAGCAGCAGCAGCAGCAGCAGCAGCAGCAGCACGGUCAGCAGCAGCAGCAGCGUGCAGCCAUUGCAGCUACCAGCAGAGGUGCUACAGGGCGUGUUGCAGCAGAUGCAGAAAGUGCCAGCAAGGCGAGUCGCCACGAGAUGACAGCAGCAGCUUUCAACGGAUCCCCUCUUUUCAACAGUUGCCGUCUCAUCUCCUCCGGAUGGCUCCCCACAGACUCUCCCUUGUGGGUCAUCCGCUCCUCCCCAACCACCCUCCUCUCCCUACUCCCCUCCUCCCUCCCUCCCUUCUCCCUACCCCCUCCCAUCACCCCCUCCUCCCUCUCCACCUGCUUCACCCACCAACUAGCCACCUGGCGCCCCCUCUCCCCCAUCUGGUUCUCCUCUCUCCCCUCCCCCUCCUCCCUCGCACACACCCUCGCCCUCCACCCCAACCUCUCUACUCUCGCCCUUCCCUUGGUCUCCUCCGCUGCCUGCCCCCUCCGCCCCUCCCAUGUACGCACUCUCCUCUCCGCUGCUGCCGUGCACUCUGCUCUCACCUCCCUAUCCUUGCUCCUGGAGCCAGGAUUCUUUGAGGAUUUUCAAAAGCUCCUGGAACUCGGAUUCUCAGAUAGCCACGAGUGGGGAUAUGGGCGGCAGGAUUCGUGGCAGCUUCCGGGGGUGCAGAGGAAGGUGGAGCAAUGGUGGGGCGAGGCAAACCGAGAGGUGGGAAAGGGGCUGUGUGCUGUGCUGAAAAGGUGCCGGGGACUCAAGGAAUUGCACAUACAGGGGAAGGGCCUUGCUAGCAGGCUCACACUCCCCUCCUCUCUCUUCCUGCUCUGCCCGCAGAUCACCGCACUCUCCCUCCCUCUUGCCCGCCUCCCCUCCUCCCUCCUCCUUCUCUCGCGCCUCACCUCCCUGGCGCUCGCCCUCCCUGCGGACCGCAUGCCGCCGCAGCUUUCCCACUUGUCCCCCUUCGCCCGCCUCCGCUCCCUCCGCUCACUCUCCCUCCACGUGCAAAACAGCGGCAGCAGCAGCAGCUCCCAACACACCUUCGUGGGAUUCAACACACCAACUCCCCCCAACAGCUUCCAACGCAGCACCCUCAUCGGCGGCAGCAGCUGGUGGAGCAGCGUAUCUUAUGACCUCCUACUGGGGCUUCCCUCCUCCCUCUCUUCGCUCUCCCUGCUCCUCCCCGCCUCCUCCUCCAUGCCCUCUUCCUUCUCCUGCCUCACUGCCCAGAGAAAUCUCACCACGAAUCUGUGGAUUCCGGGACUGCAAGAGGAGGAGGGAGGGGUGGGAGAGGAGGAGGAAGGGGUGGGAGAGGAGGAGGAAGAGGAGCAGGAACGUGGGGUUGCUACAGAGGAAGAAGGAAAUGUGGGGGGAGACGAGGGUGCUCGUGAUAAACAUGAUGAUGCUGAGGAGGAGGAGGAGGAGGAGGAGGAGGAGGAGGAGGAGGAGGAGGAGGAGGAGGAGGAGGAGAAGGAGGAGGAGGAAAGCAACAUGUUUUCCAAAGCAUGCGUUACCUCAAGAGUUACGGAUGAGAGACUGCUGCCUCUCUGCAACCUCACCUCCCUCUCUCUCUCCCACUACCCCUACUUCCCUCCUCUCCUUCGCCACCUCACCCACCUCACCUCCCUCUCGCUCCCAUCCCUCCACCGCCCACAAGACAACCGAGUCGACAACAUCACCCCUCCCUGCUCCCUCCACCACGGGCUCUCUCGCCUCACUCGUCUGCAAGAGCUCUUCAUUGGCUGCGACAGGCGCUGCGAGCACGCUGACUCAGCCUGCCUUCCCCGCUUGCCGCGCCUGUGUCGCCUGCGCGUGCAAUGCCAGGAGGACGGGGUGCAUGUCUGUCGCCUCACAGCCCGCGUGGCAGCGUCUCUGCAGCAGCUUGAGGUCAGAGGCGGCGGCGACUACCUCAGCCACUCCCUCAGCGACCACCUCACCCACUCCCUCAGCGACCACCUCACCCACUCCCUCAGCGACCACCUCAGCCACUCCUACGCCUCUGCAGCUCUUCUUGGCACGGCUGGGAGGCGUAUAGGCGGCGGCGGCGGCGACGAGUGGAGGGCUCCUGUGUUUCGCAGGCUCAAGGUGUUGCAUCUAGCGACCUUAGGCCUCCCAUCCGCGGUUGACAUGGCCCUCUUUCCUGCGUUAGAACACAUGGCAUGUGCCGGCACCCGCGGUGUGUCCUGGGGAGUGGAGAACGGGUUCUCUUCCAACCUCCGCUUCUUGCACUUGGACUUUGCAAAACUGUCUGACUAUGCCAGUGACAGUGCCCGGCAGCUGACGCAGCUCACGGCUCUCACCACUCUGGUUGUAGACAAGGCCGAUUGCCGGGACUUCCUCGCGUGCCUCUCCUGCUUCUCCUCCCUACGCAUGCUCCGCCUCUCCAGCAUCACUAGAGGCUGCUCCGAGCCUUAUUUCACAUGUCCGCCUCUCCUCUCCACGCUUCAGAUCUGCCGCUCCGAUCUGCCCCACCUCCCAUCCUCACUUCUGAAAUUCUCCCGUCUAACUCGUCUCGACCUUCUUCACUGGUGCCGCUUGCACUCUCCCGCCUUUCCUCUCCACGUUCAUGUCGCUCCGCCAUUUCAGAGUUACUUGCGAUGGUCCCAUGCCCCGAAUGCCUGCAUGCCUGAAAGAUUUUCUCAAAGGCAAAGAAUGGUAUGA